GUAAGGUCUCAAGGAACACUGAACCAUGACGGCCUUCAGCAUUUUUCUCGACAAGGAAAGAAUGCCUUUCUUAGUCCUCACCUGGCUAUGGGUGCUACCGCAACAUGCAAGCACCGCCUGAUUCUUUGUCAGCCUUCACACAGCCGGCCAUGAUCCGCGCGGCCGAAGUCUGGGCCGCGCCGCGCCAGCCACAGCGGAUCGACGGUCAGAAACGUGGAUCGCCGACCUGUCAGAGGCUGGCUUUGCCCUCCUUAGCCACAGGGCUUGUGGGCUUUGCUGUUUGCAACCCAAAAAGGCCAUCAAGGCGGCGGCAGCGACGCCUGAGCAGGUGUGUGCUCCGGGCAACAAAGGCUGAGGCCUCUAAAUUGGUGAUUUGCUUUGACUUUGAUGGAGUCGUUUGUGACUCCGUUGAUGAGAGCUCGACUGCGGCGUGGAAACAUGCCAGGGAUCUUUGGCCACUAGUCUCGACUCUGGGAGACUCUCCACAGCCCUUUUUGGAUCCAAUGCGGCUAGUGCGCCCGGUGAUCGAGACUGGCUGGGAGAAUACCUUGAUUAUCAGGAUGCUGGCAGAUGCAAACCUGGUAGAGGCACAAAGCCAGAAAGGUGAAGCUGAGAGUGCCAGUUUGUUGUGUAAAGACAUCCUGGCUGGCUGGGAGCAGCUGAGAGAUGAGAAAGUCCGCGAGCUCAAGCUGGACGUUCAGGGACUCAUCAAGGGUUUUGGUGAGGUGCGAGACAAGUGGAUGGCGGAAGAUCUGAAGUCAUGGUUUGGCACGAACAGGGCCUAUGACAGGGUUCCGGAUGUGAUCAUCCAAAUGCUCUCGAGUGGAGCAGAGGUUUUCGUCAUCACCACGAAGCAAAAACGCUUCGCCGAAGCCCUUCUUCAGGACUUUGGCAUCAAGCUUCCUGCAGGGCAUGUCUUUGCAUUGGAAGACGGUCCCAAGACAGAAGUUUUGAAGUCCUUGUUGGCCAGAGCCGAGUACCGGGAAAAGAACUUUCACUUCAUUGAGGACAAGCUGGGCACCCUCCGAAAAGUGUUGAAGGAUCCGGACCUGAAAACCGUGAAGCUCCAUUUGGCCUCUUGGGGUUACUGCACAAAGAAUGAUAUUGACGAGGUCCCGUCUCGGCUGAGCUCGGUGAAGCAACCAGCUUUGCAACUUUGUGGGACAACAGAAAGUGACUUAUGAAAGACCGCUAUUUGCGGUGUUUAUGAAUUUUGAACACCAUUGGUUGGAGCAACAUAAACGAUGGUUUAUGUAUUGAUAUGUUGGGUUUUUGUUUACUUACACACUACACACCGCAACUGGAUGGAGGAUGACAGACAUGAACGAUGACCAUACCCUGCGUACGAUGACACUGAUGACACCGCAUGACCCUUCUGAGAAGAGGACCCAGCGCUGAGAGAUGCAGUUGGCUCCAUGACGACGUCCGGUUGUCAAGGGGACGAAGCACCCGUUCGCCUGAGGUGACAGACGGCCUCGAUGUGAACCUGCUCCACCGGUCGGACCUGGAGUCUCUGGGAGUCUCUGAGCCGUGGCUCUGAGACGUGGAUUAGUGGACAGUGGCUUUCAAAUGUGGC